AUUAAAAAAAGAAAAAAAAUAGUAGUUGGGAAUAGGAAGUAAACAGUUACUUGGAGGUGUUGCUAACAAGCUGUCAAAAAAUUUAACAACUUUGACCUGGACCUGAACCCGAACUUGGAUCAAGACCUGGAGUUAGAUCAAGACCUGGAACUGGUGAUUUAAAAUAAAAUUUGAUUGAGUGAACUGUCAAAAUGGGCUCGUUGACAAGCAGACAGAAUGCUGGAGUUGAAGAAGUUGACAUUGUGUCAAAUCAUGCAUACAAGUAUCCACCGCGAUCAGGAAAUUAUUUUGGAAGCCACUUCAUUAUGGGAGGCGAAAGAUUUGACACUCCGCAGCCAGAAGCAUAUUUAUUUGGAGAGAACGCUGAUUUGAAUUUCUUAGGAAGCAGGCCGACACCUUUCCCGUACCCGCCACCGCAGGCCAAUGACCCGACGAAGACUCUGAAGAGUUUGGUCAACAUUAGGAAGGAAUCCUUGAGAUUAACCAAGAGCAUUGAUCCAGCGCCGACUUCCUCGGAGUCAAAUGACACCAUCAAUGCAAUAAAACACUUUGGUGAAGGUGAUGUUGAUAAAAAAACCACGAGGUUCAACAUCGAGUUCACUUUUGACUGCGAUGUCAGAUGCGCUAUUACUGUUUAUUAUUUUUGUACGGAAGAAAUCACCGCCAAAGGAGUAUCAUACGUGCCAAGAGACCCAUCAAUGAACUCAGAGACGUAUCACUACAAAAAAGGAGCUAACCAACAGUUUAUUCAGACCUCACAUGUCUUCGACCCGAGUCUUUACAAUGAAGAAGAUUUGCUUUAUAAUACGGACAGGGAGAUUGUGCCGAUAGCGAUCCAUUGCGUGGCUGAGGAAGGCUCUGAAGAGCCCAAGCAGUCUCACACGACGAUAGCGGUCGUCGAGAAACAGUCUGAUGGGUCAUACAUCCUGAAGGCUCUGAAGCAAAAGCUGUACGUGGAUGGUCUCUGCUAUUUGCUGCAGGAGAUUUACGGGAUAGAAAAUAAAAAUACCGAGAAUACCAAGCAGCAGGGCAGUGACGAAGAUGCUGAGGACAAUGGAUCAGAGUGCGUUAUCUGCAUGUGCGAUGUCCGCGACACAUUGAUCCUGCCUUGCAGGCAUCUGUGUCUCUGCUACGGGUGCGCUGACUCUUUGAGGUAUCAAGCCAACAAUUGUCCAAUAUGUCGCGCACCAUUUCGUGCUCUUUUGCAAAUAAAAGCACUGCAGAAAGCUACUGGAGCCAUUAUUUCAAAUCCUCCGAUGCCUGAAGGCAGCUGUGAAAAUAUUCCAUCUGGUUACGAAGCUGUGUCACUGAUCGAAGCUUUAAAUGGACCAUAUACUCCAAGAGUUGUUGUCCCAGCUCCAGAAUCUCCAGAUACUCCUGACACGGAUACUGCCAGUGCAAUUCAGGCUGCUGAAGUUUUAAACAGAUCUGCAGAACGAACGCCGGUGUCGAAGCACACGGGUCUAAAAGACGGAGAAACGAUUGUGGGUGCGAGGUCCAGCAGCGCGACUCCCUGUCCAACACCAGAGUUCCGCAUGUCUGUGCUUCUGGCGAGAGACGAGACCGUCGCGUCACAGAAGGAAUUGCAUGGACGAUCCCCUGGUAUGAGGAACAAAACCAGUCAUCCGCGUGAUAAGAACUCCAGGACUCGGGAUACUCUGAGACUCGUUAAUGAAAAACAGCCUGCUCACUACGACCCCCAAGGACAAGACGAAGACAGCGAAGCUGAAAAAUUGUCCCCGCUCCUAGACUCCGCCACCAGUGCUGACGGGCAGUCUCAUCAUCGCAUCUGCGACCUGGACAUCGACGACGAGCUCACCACCGGAGUUAAUGAGAACGAUAGUGAAAUAAAUUGUAAUUCCCAUUGACAAAGAAUUAAUGUCUACACAAAUUUAAUGUCCGAGUCACCGAUUAUCCGUAAGGUCUACAAACAAUAUUGAAUCUCCUGUAUAGUAUUCAAAGUCGCGACUAACAAAUGUGAUUUAUUAAUUAAUUAAUUAAGAGCAUUUUCAGACAAUACCCCCCACUUUUUUAAAACAUCUGUCAACUGUAUUGAAAUUUUAUUAAUUAAAAAAAAAAAAAAUGGAGCAGUAAUAGAAGAAUGGACAAUUUUGCUGAUAUGAAAUUUUUAAAAAAUUACUUGCAAAUAAUUUUUUUUUAAAUUUAUAGAAGCAAAAUUGUAACUCCGUUGUCCUUUUUUUAAUUAAUUGAUUAAAUUUUGAUACGAUUGACAGUUCAGGUCAUUGAAUACUUUUAAUAAAAAGUGGGGGGAUAGUCUGAGAAUGCUCUAGACUCGUUAUCAGUUAUCAGCUGUAAGGCUUUGUAUAUUUAAUACUUUUGAAUCUUAAUACCCAUUAAUUAGUUAAUUAAUUAAUUAUUAAUACGAGUAAAUAGAUUUUUUAAAUCGGAAUUAUGCUAGAGCGUUAAUGGUACGCAUUUACUAACAAUUUACCGCUUAGUCAUUGUUCUAUUGACAAUUAUUAUUAUUAUUAUUAUAAAUUAUAUAUAAAUAUAUAUUAUAUUAUAUAUCUAUUGUAUUUAUAUUAAGAGGUAAUUAUUAUUGUAAUGUAAAUGAAUUUUUCAAAUUUAUAUCCAUUAUAUAC